CCCUGGUCCGCACUCGCCAUUGUUUCUCCAUCGCGUGCUCACCUCCUCAACUCGACACCGACCGCGAACAACAACCUCAUCACCCACCUUCGCCUCGCGCAUCCGACCUCGAGUACCUAGCAUCGGGUUCGGGAAACACAAACCUCAUCAUCCAACAGACCGCCCGCAACCAUGCCGGGUGGCGCGCUCGCUGCGACCAGCGAUGUCAAUCGCAUUGAGGCGCCGGUGACCUUCAAGGCCUACCUCAUCUGCGCCUUCGCCUCCUUCGGUGGUAUCUUCUUCGGUUACGACUCGGGUUACAUCAACGGUGUCACUGCCUCGAGCGUCUUCGUCGAACUCAUCGAGGGUCCAGGCAAUGAUGCGCUCUCCGGUAGCCACCUGUCUCUCGUCACUUCUAUCCUCUCCGCUGGUACUUUCUUUGGCGCCAUCAUCGCCGGUGAUGUCGCAGACUUCAUCGGCCGAAAGUGGACCGUCAUCAUUGGCUGCUUGAUCUACAUUGUCGGAGUUAUCAUCCAGAUGAUCACUGGUGUCGGCGGUGACGCUCUCGGUGUCAUUGUCGCUGGUCGUCUCAUUGCAGGUAUCGGUGUCGGAUUCGAGUCCGCCAUUGUCAUCCUGUACAUGUCCGAGAUCUGCCCAAAGAAAGUCCGUGGUGCUCUCGUCGCCGGCUACCAAUUCUGCAUCACCAUCGGUCUUCUUCUCGCAUCCUGCGUCAACUACGCCGUCCGCAACCGCACCGACCAGAGCGAGUACCGCAUUCCAAUCGGCAUCCAGUUCGCCUGGGGUGUCAUCCUUGGCGGUGGCCUUCUGUUCCUUCCAGACUCCCCACGAUACUUCGUCAAGCGCGGCCGUGUCGAGCAAGCCCGAUCUGCCCUCGCUCGUCUGCGAGGACAGCCAGGUGACAGCGAGUACAUCGAGGCUGAGUUGGCUGAGAUCGUCGCCAACGAGGAAUACGAGCGCUCCAUCAUUCCUGCUGGCAACUGGGCCAAUGGCUGGGCCAACUGCUUCAAGGGCUCCGUCUUCCAGUCCAACUCCAACCUGCGCAAGACCAUUCUUGGUACCUCUCUCCAGAUGAUGCAACAGUGGACCGGUGUCAACUUCAUCUUCUACUACUCGACCCCAUUCUUGAGCUCGACUGGCGCCAUCUCCAACACCUUCUUGAUCUCGCUGAUCUUCACCUUGGUCAACGUCUGCUCUACUCCGAUCUCCUUCUACACGGUCGAGAAGUUCGGUCGUCGUCCACUGCUCGUCUGGGGUGCCUUCGGCAUGUUGAUUUGCCAGUUCCUCGUCGCCAUCAUUGGUGUCACUGUCGGAUUCAACAAGACCUAUGAGAUUCCAGACCCAGCCGGAGGACCAGACCCAGUCACUCGUGCUCUCAACGUCCCAGCCGUCAAUGCGCAGAUUGCGUUCAUCGCCAUCUUCAUCUUCUUCUUCGCAUCGACCUGGGGACCUGGUGCCUGGAUUCUCAUCGGCGAGAUCUUCCCUCUGCCAAUCCGCUCUCGUGGUGUCGCUCUGUCCACCGCCAGCAACUGGCUCUGGAACACCAUCAUCGCCGUCAUUACCCCUUACAUGGUCAACACUGACGAGGGCGAUCUCAAGUCGAGUGUCUUCUUCGUCUGGGGUGGACUCUGCACUUGCGCUUUCGUCUACUCGUACUUCUUGGUGCCAGAGACCAAGGGUCUGUCGCUUGAGCAGGUUGACCAGAUGAUGGCCGAGACUACUCCUCGUACCUCUUCCAAGUGGCGACCAACGACCACCUUCGCCAGCCAGAUGGGUCUCAAGGAGGGCGGAAAGCUCGAUACUGAGAUCACUUCUGAUGUUGAGCGCAAGGGAUCUGUCUUUUAGAUGAUGAGGGCAUGCAUUUUUUCAGGAGCGGCUACGAACGAGACGAAGCAUUGACCGACGUUGAUGUUGCAUAAUUAAUGAUACCCGACUAUUGGAAGUAGCUGCCGCGACAUUGUCCAUAGAGCAGGCUCAAUGGUUGAUAUCGACUAAGCUCAGUCGUCUACUCAGUAGUAGGCCAGAGCCAGUGAAUAUACCAGUACACUCAU